AUGGCGGUGGAUUCCUCAGCCAGAUGGCGCAAACCGCGAGGUGGACAGCACAUGACUUGGCAGAAAGGCGUCAAAGAGAUCACGAAGAGUGUGGGUGUUGUUGGUGUUGUGCGCCUUCCAGGAUGGGGUCCCCGUGACCCCGUCUGUGCUUGGCUGGAGGCGUUGCAGGAAAGGGCGGCCAAUCGAUGUCAGUGGCGUUCGUGCUGCCAGUUUCUUUCCAGAUUGUCUAAUUGA